AUGGAUUCGAGUUCUCUAACGCGCAUUGGUAUUGCCACUGGCAUGACAGGCAAACGAACGUCUGAAAGGCCGACGAGCACCAGCUCGGUACCGUUUCCUUCAUCAUCAAGUGCCGAGAAAACAAUCCCCAUGCACGAGUCGGGAUCGUCCUCGUCUAAUGAUUCCACUCAAACAAGUUCAGAUAAGCUUUCUGCAUUGCCUAUGCAACCUUCACCUGCUCUGGGGAGACUGCGCACACAGGGACGCACAGCUCGUCGCAGCUUUGACGCGUCCGGUUCUGCCCCUUCCAUCGACUCCCCGUCAGCUAGCGUUCACGCCGUGCACCACCAUUCUGGCCCCAUCCGCGCGAGCGAGUCGGAGGGAUCACUUGGGAAGGAGACGCCAAGUCAAAGGCCAUCACUCGAAAACGACCACACAUCUCUCCCAGCGACGCUGCAAGGCAUCAGACAAGCAAUUGCAAGCCGACGUAUACGGCGCAGCGUUUCUACCACACGUUCACCCUCCCCGCUUUCUGGCGAGGGCUCAUUUCAAGGACACAACACUCCGCAGCAGGCUCCGACAGCAGACGCACGGCAUGGUAUCCACGCACGGGGCUUCUCUCCGCGUCCGGGGAGGGAAACAAAUACCCCCACGUCACACUCGCCGUCUCCAUCUCGCGCGGCAUCUCCACUGCGCCGUCUUGGCUGGGCUCUACACAGGGCACACGCUCGCGAAGAGCCGUUUGUCCCCGUAGACCCGUUUCGCAUGAACUUUUUCGCCUUCAACGGACGAAAAAAUACGCCCGACAGCCGCCCGCGCGAAUACGACGACGGCGAGGUCGGCUGUGAUGGCGCGCUCGCAAACUGUCUUCCUCUCCCCGUCUCCUUCAGGUCCAAGAGUAGGAACGCGAAAGACGAAAAAGGCUCGCAAGGAUCUAGUUGGCGCGCCGCGACAGACGACAUCCGGAUAUUCUUAACGGACACGCUGCCGCGGCAGGCGUAUCUGAUCCUGCUGCUCGGCCUCCCCGCGCUCUACUGGACACGCGUCGCGCGUGUAUUCGAGGAUGCGGAGCUUAGCAGGCCCGACGUGCAGCGGAUGAUCGACGCGCACUUUCGCGAGCCUGCUUUCGCGACGGCGCAUGAGCGAGGCAUGUCUGAGGCGGCAUCGCUGCGCGGGCGGGCGGUGCCUCACUCGCACGGAGUCUUGCUGCCGUUCCCAGAAGAUUGGAAUCCGCCUGCGGUGUCGCCUGCCCUGGUCCGCUUCAAACAUUCGUGGGAACUCUUUGUGGACUCGCUCCUGCGCGAGUGGAAGACGCUAAACCUAGUGUCUGCGCUGCUCUGCACGUGCGUACUGUCUAUCUCUGCGCCAUUGAAGAAGAGAGCGAUCUUGACAAUGUUCCAAGUAAACGAUGCGGAAGACGAUCCGGUAACGCGCUCGGCUGCGCUGUUUGGGUUGAUUUUUGCGCUGAUGAGCCUGAGCUACGGAUGCGUGUACAUCGUCCAGUUCGGGACGAUGCGCAGCAUGGACAGAGCGUCACGAUGGGCAGAGGAGGCACAGAAGUCCAAGACGGCGAUUCUAUGGAACAUUUGGGUGCUUCUCGCCACGCCAGCGAUCUGGCUUGCAUGGUCCAUGAUCGCGUUUUGCGUGUCCAUCCUCUCGUACGUCUGGCGCACGGGGUCCGUAACGGACGAGACGGCGCCGUCACCGCUGACGGAGCGGCAGGCUAUUGCAGUUCGCACAGCGAUCACGGCGGUUUUCGCGCUUGGGUUGCUUAAAUUCGCGAUGAUCAUCCACUCAUUCCGGCGGUAUCACGGCGCACGUAGGGACCGGCGUGGGGAACGGGAGCGGGACGAUCCGCGGCGAGGGAGGGACAUAGUACGCGAGAGGGAACGCCGGGACGGGAUGGACGAGGCACGCGACCGGGAAUCGAAGGCCGGCUCGGCGUCGAUGGUUGGCCUCGGCUUAUCGGGACUAGAGAAUGCACCGACAAGUCCGGGGAUGGCGAGUUUGGAUGGCGUCGUACGUGAGGAGGUCGACUUGGAGAAGGGCGAGUUUUUGAGCGCGGAGAAGGGAAGGCUGUGGGGGAGGGUCUCACCCAAGCUCUGA